GAACAACAACAACAACAACAACAACAACAACAACAACAACAACAACAACAACAACAACAACAACAACAACAACAACAACAACAACAACAACAACAACAACAACAACAACAACAACAACAACAAGAGCAACAGCAGCAACAAAGAACAAAAAAGAAAGAAGAAGAAGAAGUCGAGCAUGUACGGCAUGACUAAGCUCGCUCUGAUGGUCUUUGCCAAUGCCUUCCAGAAGCACCUGGCAUCCUAUAACCGGCCAGACAAGAAUCCUGUGAACGCGCAUGUAAUGAUCGUCGACCCGGGAUUCAGCCGCACGCCGGGAAUGCGACGCUGGCUGACCGGCGGCUCUCUCUGGGGCCUCUUAGCCUACCUACUGACCUGGCCGCUCUGGUGGCUGAUCCUGAAGUCACCGCAGCAAGGCGCGCAGAGUUUUCUGUACGCGGCCAUGGACCCGCGAUUCGCCCGCGGGGAGAACACUGCAGACCGGCUGAUCAAGGAGUGCCGAGAAGUCGACUUCCUGCGGAACGAAGUCAGGGACGAGCAGGUGGCCAAGCAGCUGUGGGAAUUCAGCGAGCAGCAGAUCCAGACCAAGGAGAAAGAGGCCGCUGUGAAGCGCGCCUUGGCUAAGAAGGAGAAAGAGCAGGAGCAGCAAAAGCAGCAGCAGCAGCAGCAAAAACAAAAGCAGACAACCACCAAUAACAGUAACAAUAACAAUAACUCAACCAGUUCAAGUUCAAGCACAGCAGCGAAAUCGCAAACGCCGGGGUCGAAAAAGAGUCAAAAGGCGAAAUGA